ACCAACUUUGGGUACAGCUAGAACUUCAAAUGUCAAUGUCUACGGUGUCCAGUUAGGUAUUGCAUGUUGGCCAUAUCUUACAGGACAGAGUAGACAACCCAACAACCUGUUUGAUAAUUGCCUUACACGCUAUCAAUGGAUAACACGAGCAUUCAAUUAUUUCUCUUGAUUCGAUUUUAACCUUGCUAGCUCUACUAGGGCGCUAGCUGUCUCUGAACAGAGUCCGCCGGCUGGAUCUCUUCAAGUUUGAUUUACACACCGGGUUCACACGCAACAUCUGGAGCAGUCACAACAUACGCAGCUUGUCAAGAUUCGUCCGGCCAUGAUACGGCUUCUCAAGCUGCCAUGUGGCAUUGCGGCCACACUUCUGGCAGCUGUGUGUCUAAAUGCCGACCAUGUCGCUGCUGCGCCGUCAGUGAACGUGGCCAUGAAGGCCUCGUUUCCUUCGCCUCCGUAUCUUCUAGAGCUGCUCGAGUCGGCCGCUGUAGAGAACUCGACCUCCUAUUUCGCCCUCCUCGAUCGAGUCGCUGCCGGCUAUUUUGACGAAGCAAAGUCCGACAAGGACCUAUACGAGAAGUUCUUGAGGCUUCUACAAGCAGAUGGACAUAUGAACAGCCCAGAGGCAUUAUCCACGUUCAAGCUUGCGCUGUCCUUGCGCUCGGCGGCGCCUCGAAUUGAAGCCCAUUACCAAUACUACGAAACUGCCGUCCAGCCGUCUCUGGGCUCAAUGGAGGAGGAAUGUGCGGACUGGAUAUUGCUUGGGGGGAAACGGUACUGCUCAGCGUCGCUUGAUCAUACCGAGACAACAACUCAGGCGAAACAGCAAAUCCAGCUGCUUCCAUUCGAUCGCACUACCGGCAGUGGACCGGAAGCAGUCUUAUACGCCGACAUUUCGAAGCCGGGAUUUGGCUCUCUCCAUACUGCUCUGGCGGAUAAGGCUAAGAAAGGUGAACUUUCUUACCGCCUACGGUAUCGUAUCGGCGAGAACGACGAGCGGGAACCUCUGCCAGUCAGUGGUUAUGGAGUCGAGCUUCAACUCAAGAGAACAGACUACAUCGUCAUUGACGAUCGGGAGGCUCAUUUUAACCCUGAUACGGAGAACUCCUCGCCUUUUGAAGUCGUUUUGGAUGCUGAAGAAGAGGUGACUGAUUUGAAACCACUUUCCAGCUCCGAAUUAUCUGGACUUGGAAUCAAAGCUGCUUCGUUCAUCAUGCAGAGCGAGGACCCCUUUCAGAAUUUGAUCAAGCUGACACAAGAUUUCCCCAAGUAUUCUGCUUCCGUUGCUGCUCACAAUGAGUCGGAGGCAUUCCUUGCAGAGCAUCUGUUCAACCGCGGACAAAUGGUUCCCGCUGGAAUGAAUGUGCUUUGGAUGAACGGCGUCCAGCUCAUUGAAAGACAAAUAGAACCCUUUACACUGGUUGAUCUACUCCGAAGAGAGCGAAAGCUCAUAAAGGGGGUGACAGACCUUGGCUUUACUGGAAAAGAAGCUGUGUCCCUACUUGGCCACCGUGAGGUUACUGCGGCGAAGUCCGGCGACGACGAGCCUCGUAGAUUUGACUGGACGGAUGAAAUCGAAGAAGGCGAAGUAAUCAUUUGGCUGAACAACAUUGAGAAAGACAAGCGAUAUGCCCAGUACCCGACUAGUCUCAUGGCUCUGAUGCAACGUACAUAUCCGGGUCAAAUCCCUCCGAUCAGGAAAGAUCUUUUCAACUUGAUCUUACCAGUUGACUUCACAAACCCGGAUGAUCUAUACGUAGUUGUGGAGCAGCUGCAAAGCUUCAUUCAGCGACUGUUACCCGUCCAAUUUGGACUGGUCCCCCUGACCCCGACCAAGGAAGCUGAAGAUCAAGCAAAAAUGGUAUUUUAUUUGCUUGAGAACUAUGGCCUCGCUGCUCUCCUCUCAUACCUAGAAUCUUGCCAUACUGGAAAGAAGAUAGAGAAGCUAGAUCAAUCUCAGUUCGAAACUGCGAUCAAGGAUCGAAGUCUUCUAGCUGAAGCCACAGCUUUGCCUUUCCAGGAUGUGUUUGAGUCGGAACAUCAUACUAAACAGGUGCAGCUUGCCAAGCACUGGGUUGAACGACUCAAGGCCGAUACACCUGUUCCUCCCGUGUUUCUCAACGGCCAAUCCAUCCCUCGAGAGAAAGGUUGGCUUCAGGCAAUGAGCAUGAAGCUCGGAGGCGAUUUGCAAACCAUUCAGCAGGGGAUAUUCUUGGGAAACAUCGACGAAGAGAUGUGGAUCCCAGGCAUAUUCAUCGACGGCGCUCCAAGCCGGCGUAAUAUCUACAUUUACCCCGAUAAAAACAACCAACUCACGGUCCUGGACGUGAACAAGGUCUACACUGAACAUGGCGAUCUUUUCAACGUGGUCCCUGUAAUUGAGGCAAAUGCUGACUCAAGCAAGGAGACAUGGGCUGCUCUCACUGUUGUGGCUGACUUCACUAUUAAAGCUGGGUUGGAUCUUCUCCUGUCAGCCUUGGACUUCCGUCGCAACAACCCAGGUGUCCGCGUGGACCUGGUGAACAAUCCUGCUUCUGGUACUGGCUUCAACGUCAACGCACUUCUCAAGAACGAUGUGGAAAAGUUAUUGGAGAUCGAAAACCUAGAGACCCUAGAGGUACUCGUAGCUGGUGAGAUUAGAGACAAAUAUGAGCCCUCAUCCUACGACUCUGCUCUGGGACGAUUCUUGGCAGCUGCUGGAAUCAACCCCGGAGAUCAGGUCCUGCUGCUCAACGGCCGGGUCGUCGGCCCUCUUGCUGCCGGGUCGGGCUUCAAAGAGGAUGAUUUCCAACAACUACUUGAGUUUGAGCAGUCCACCCGGAUUCUACCUGUUUAUAACGCAGUGGACGCCUUGAAUUUGACCCGGAAGGUAUCAGAUCCGCUCGCUGCCGCCAAGAUCACUUCCAUCACCGCUCUGUCGACAAUCUCUGAUCUUCCAGAAGGCAUAUUUGAGUCGGCGCCAACCCUGAGAACCGUUGUUUUUGAUGACUGGGAAUCCGAACAUACCAUGAUCGAAGUUGGAGACGCUUCUACAGCAAAUAUCCACCUCGUUGCGGUUCUGAACCCUGCAAGCGAGCAAGGCCAGAAAUGGGCCCCCAUUCUCAAGGUCUUGUCUGAACUAGACGGUGUUUACAUCCGAAUUUUCUUGAACCCCAAAGAAAAAAUGGAUGAGCUUCCCGUCAAACGAUUCUACCGAUAUGUCUUGGAGUCCUCGCCCACGUUCGAUGAGGCUGGAAAGGUCCGUCAUCUAGGCGCCAGCUUCAAAGGACUCCCUUCGGAGGCUCUGCUCAACUUGGGCAUGAAUGUCCCGCCUUCUUGGCUUGUUGCAGCGAAGGAUUCGGUUCAUGAUCUUGACAACCUCAAACUCAGCACAAUCAAGUCCGACAUCGAAGCAACUUACGAACUCGAGAACAUCCUGAUUGAAGGACACUCUCGAGAGGGCGCAGGCGGCGCGCCACGUGGCGUGCAACUGGUACUUGGAACUGAGCGAGACCCCCAUUUUGCCGACACUCUCAUCAUGGCCAAUCUUGGAUACUUCCAGUUCAAGGCCAACCCUGGUUACUACAAUAUCCAACUCAAGCACGGUCGCAGUUCCGAUAUCUAUACCAUCGAGAGUGUUGGUGCUAAAGGCUACGGUGCUGUUGCUGGCGACGAGGGCACCGAGGUGGCACUCAUGGACUUUCAAGGCACAACCUUGUACCCGCGCCUCAAUCGAAAGCCAGGAAUGGAACAAGAAGAUGUUCUUCAAGAGGCCAGCACUGCUGGUGACCUACUAUCUCGUGGCCUCAAGUUCGCUGAGGGCUUCCUGGGUGGAUCGAAACUCAAGUCGGCAUCGGCAGAAGAACAUGCGGAGAUAAACAUAUUCUCUGUUGCUAGCGGUCACCUUUACGAGCGCAUGCUCAACAUCAUGAUGGUUUCGGUCAUGAAGAACACGCAGCACACCGUCAAGUUCUGGUUUAUCGAGCAGUUCCUGUCACCAUCCUUCAAGGAGUUCAUUCCCCUGCUUGCAGAGGAGUACGGCUUCAAGUACGAGAUGGUGACUUACAAGUGGCCGCACUGGCUGCGUCAGCAGAAAGAGAAGCAACGUGAGAUCUGGGGCUACAAGAUCCUAUUCCUCGACGUGCUGUUUCCCCUCUCGCUGGACAAGGUUAUCUUCGUCGACGCGGACCAGAUCGUACGCACCGACAUGAUCGACCUCGUCAACCACAACCUAGAGGGUGCCCCGUACGGUUUCACGCCCAUGUGCGACUCAAGGACCGAGAUGGAGGGCUUCCGUUUCUGGAAGCAGGGAUACUGGUCCAAUUACCUCCGAGGUCUUCCUUACCAUAUUUCCGCUCUUUACGUCGUCGAUUUGCGUCGAUUCCGUGAGCUUGCUGCCGGUGACCGCCUACGCCAACAAUAUCACCAGCUGUCUGCCGACCCAGCCUCGCUGUCAAACCUCGACCAGGACCUUCCAAACCACAUGCAGUUCCAGAUCCCGAUCCACAGUCUACCCCAGGAAUGGCUAUGGUGUGAGACGUGGUGCAGUGACGAGAGCCAGAAAGAGGCGCGGACGAUUGAUCUGUGCAACAACCCGCAGACCAAGGAGCCGAAGCUGGAUCGCGCCCGCAGACAAGUCCCCGAGUGGACAGUAUACGAUAGUGAGAUUGCGGCCGUGGCUCGUCAGAAAAAGGGUGUCAGUGAUGUCGUUAGCGAGGAGUCUCAGAAGGUGGUUAGCGGAGACGAGGCCAAGAAUCCUAUGAGUAGGCGGCUGGAACAGGAGUCAGCGUCAGAGCCUACGGAGAGGCCGAAGGAUGAAUUGUAGGAUUUGUAGACGAUGUAGACAGUAAAAUAAUGUCAAUCUAGACAUGAUCCGUAAUUGUAGAGUUCGCGUCUAGUAAUGGGCGACCCUAGGAAUAGGAGUUAUUACACGUG